UUAAAAAAUAAAAUUAAACGUGUUGAUAUUUGAAUGAGCUCCGUGACUUAGCUUUCUGGAGGAAAAACGAAAUCUUUCAGCGCUUGUUGUUGUGACGACGAUUACUCUUUACUAACAAAUGGCUGGAAAUACUAUGUUUUCACUGCACACCAGGGAACCAAUGAACCCGAGGUUUGGAGAGGUGUCCUUAGACAUUUUAACCGAUAUUCUGUCCAACCUCAACAACAGAAACAAAUCCAACUUGGAACACGUGUCUGAUUUCUGUGGCUGUCUGAAAGAAAAGAGGAUAGUGGAGUGUGUGUUUCAUCUCUGUGAGGAGCUGGGACUGAAUCCUGCGGUUGGAUACCAGGCAAUCGAAAUACUGGAGAGGUUUAUGGCCAAAUAUACUGAGCAUCUAAUCCGCAGCCAGAAAGGUCAAGGAGCAUCAUCUGAGCACACAGGAACGUUCGAGGAGCUCAUCUUCCAAACACUCAAGCAGAAGUUCUUUCUCUCCGUCCUCUCAAGCGUUCAGAUAGCCAGCAAACUGGACCUGUACUCCAAUGUUGUUAACAAUGACAUCGCCAUGAGAUUUCUGCAGGCAGUCGGUUACCCUUCCUCCAAAGAGCAGCUCUUGGACUCUGAGAUUCUCGUUUUGAAAACUCUAAACUUUAAUUUAAAUGUCCCGAAUCCUUUAACGUACGUGGAGACCCUUUUGGAAGUGCUGGGCCGUAAUGAUGCAACUGUCCCUGUUGCUCAACUACAUCACCUGUGUGUGCGUGUACUGCAGUUUAUUUACCUGCAGAGGGAGACAAUCUACAACGCAUUGCUCAAAUCUGCCACUGGAUGCUCCAGUCCCUCCCAUGAACUAAGAGCCAAGUUUGUGUCUGUGACCGAGGACUUCAUGCUUCUGGGAGUGGGAGUCAUCGCUGUGGCCGCCUUCAUUCAUCAUAUCUCAACAUGGGAAAAGGUAGUGGAGGAGCUGUCAGGAAUAACAGGGAUUUCAGGCCAGAGUAUCAUGGACUUUGCGUAUGUCACCCUGAUGCACCUCACCAAGACCAAAUCCGUCUGAUGCAGUCAGAAACAUGACAUGUGAAGAACAGAUUACAGCUAGAGGACACAUAUAAGACAUAUAUAAGGUGAUAACAUUGUAAAUAUAAGGUUCAUAUAAGAUCUCGCUCAAAAUUCUGUUGUUAAAGUACGAUGUAAAGAUAAAACAUGAAAAUGAAAGAGGACCUUGCCAUUCACAUUUCAUUAUGCAGUGAUUUCUUCCCAUCGCACUUCUUCACAAUGAGCACACAAUCUUAAACAGAUAAAGUAAUCCAAUAAUAUUUUCAACUGUAUUUUGUUAUCUAGUAAAAUAAGUCAAUUACAUAAAAUAGAUUGUUCUCAUUAGAAUCCGAAAAAUUAAGAUUAGUUUGACAAGUUGUGUCCCAAUAGAGUUCUUCACAAUCUAUGCAAGCAUCUAGUAUAUGAAUUAUAUAUAUGGUAAUUAAAGCUGUGACUGUUGAGUGCAUGAAGUGGCCAACAUUCCACACUUCUUUUUUUCAGUUAAUUAAGUGCAUCAUCCGGGCUUCUGAGGUGCAACUGCAUAGAAUAAUGCGUACGUGUGCUAAUUGGAAUGUACAAACAGUCCUAAUUAGCAUAGAGGUAAUCUGACCCAUGCUUUCAGGGUUUACUCUUUCAUAAGACCUCAGGGGAAGACUAAAAAUAAGAUAGUUAUUGUUGUUAUACAAGCUUUAACUGUUUUUUAAAAGGAUAAUUUAUUGCUUCGGUCUGAAAUUGGACUUUUAAAGGGCAUGCAAAUACACAUUCUGUUGGCUCAUCCAAUGAUGUGACUUUGGGGUGAUUAGUGGCAAAGGGGAGUGUGCUUGAAACUUGUCUGAAAACAGUCAUUAUUUUUGCAUUUGUGUUUGAUGUCUCUGCACUUCAUCUUAAAAUAAGACAUACAGAGGCAACAGUGGCAAUUAUCUUACUGGAGCAAGUUUUAGAGAAACCGUGUCUAUUAAAAAAUGGUCCUCUGUUUGGCUUUCUUUGGUUCUGGAGAGACACCUCUUGACUCUUGUGUUAAUUAUCAAGCAAAUAAGGGAAGAGGGGGAGUCUCUGCCCAAACAUGUGUCUUGUCUGAUGGCCCACAGCUUUAAUUAUGUAAACUAAAACUUUGUAUGUUUUCUAAAAGGUAGUAUAAAGUAUAAACACAGUAUAGGUGCAUUAUAUGGGCAGUGAUCAUAACAAUGAGAGUGGCAUCAUAAGGUAGAAAUCUGCAAAAAUAUCAUGAGGCAUAAUAAUAAACAUUGUAAAUGUGCAGGUUAUUGUACAGU